UUCGCUUAGGACUCACUCCCGGGCGCCCUCUAGCGUUUAGCAGUUAUUUACUGAUAUACCGGCUAGACAAGCAAGUGGGCAGGCUCGCUAUAAACCAGCUGUGGCAUUAACACAUACUUGCAAAUUGCUAACCUAGCUAAUAUGUCUUAUCCUGUGGUUUGACUUAAAAUUAAACGAAGCGCACACACAUGUAGCUUCUUUUGCUUCAAUCCCGCGCCAGCAGUGUAUAAAUAAGCCAGAAGAGGUAGGUUAGCUUAUUAUCAGCGAGCGUGUUAGUUAAGCUGCUACGCUAGUUAAUAUACAGGGUCAUGUUCUGAGAAAUACGCGAACAAAAUGUUUAUGGAUGAAUCGCUGGAGGUUGUUGGUGUUCGGUCCUCGUGGAGAAAGUCUCAGCAGCGGGAUCAGCACUCGAAAAGCUGUCAGACGAAGCCGGUUCACAGUGCAGAAGCUGAAUCUCAGGUCAGGUGUGUUGAGGACAGCAGCACUCAGACAGAUCCGCAGGAGCAGAUCUCUCAGCUCCAGCUCUCAGCAGACCCGCCUGGGCUGGUGGAGUUCCUGCGUAGAGUAGAGGGUGUGGUCAUCAGGGAGCUGGUGAAGAACGCCAAGAGCCAUGCCUUUGAUGGAUUUGAAGUGAAUUGGGUCGAUCAGCAACAGGCGGUGACUUGCUUGCAUUGUCUUGGGCAUCCUGAUGCACAACAGAGGGGGCUACAGGUCACUGGCGUGUCUUGGAACUGCACUGGUUCUGUAAUCGCCUGUGCUUAUGGCCGUGUUGAUCAUGGAGACUGGAGCACUGAGAAGUCCUGUGUGUGCACCUGGAACCUGGACCGGAGCAAAUUAAAUCCCAAACAGCCGGACAUGGUCAUCGAUACGGCCACACCCGUCAUGUGUGUCUCUUUCCAUCCCCUGCGGCCGUCUCUAAUCGCUGGAGGGCUUUACAGUGGAGAGGUGAUAGUCUGGGAUACAAGUUCCACUCAAGACCCUGUUUUGGCUCAAACAGGGAUUUCACAAGAUACACACAGAGAACCAGUGUAUGAGGUGAAAUGGGUUCCAGGGGCUCGUAGAGGAGACCUGGCUGUCCUGAGUGCGUGCUCUGGAGGCAGAAUUCUGCUGUGGAGUGUAGAAGCAGCAGAAGGCAGGCUGAGCUUAACUUCUGGAUAUGCUCUGGUCAGACAACAGGUUCCUCAAAGCAGCUCAUCAAACAAGAGCAGAGGUGGCACUAAUAUAGGGGUCACCUCUCUGACUCUCUCACCCUGGGACCUGGACUCGUUCCUGGUGGGCUCUGAGGGGGGUCUGGUGCUUAAAUGUGCUUUCAGCAGUCAGACAGUGGCAGCAGUGCCCCCUAAUGGUGAGAGCGUUGCACUGCGCGCGCCUGCACAGUUCUCUUUCUCAGCGAGAGCUGGACCCGUACAUUCCCUCCACUUCUCCCCGUUUCACAGAAACCUGUUUGUGAGUGUUGGGACAGAUGGCCUGGCCCAAAUUCACAGCAUGCUGCAGCCCAGAGCCCUGCUGACCAUGCGAGUUUCUGACUCUUAUGUGUUUGGAGUGAGAUGGUCUCCUGUCAGGCCUCUAGUUUUUGCUGCUGUCACUGGCCAAGGGUUGGUGCAGGUGUUUGAUCUGGGUCGGAGGUCUCUGAGGCCAGCAGCUACAAUCGACCAAAACACGGGAGGACAGCCGGCAUACUGUCUGGAGUUCAGCCCCCGGCAGCUCCUGGCAGUGGGCAACGCAGACGGAACGGUCAACAUCUGGCAGCUGAGUGCAGAGUUAACUGUGCAGAGCUCGAGAGAAAGUGUAGUGCUGGAGCAGCUGGCCAACGAGGUGGCAGAGUGAAAACAGGACUUUCUGAUUGUUUAAUUAUAAUUUUUACUACAUUAAUGUCUUUUCUUUGUGUGUGAAGGUAUUAAAUAUGUUGCUAUUCUU